AUGCCUUCCCACAAGUCCUUCAGGACGAAGCAAAAGCUCGCAAAGGCGCAGAAGCAGAAUCGCCCAAUCCCACAAUGGAUCCGCCUUAGGACUGGCAACACCAUCCGCUACAACGCGAAGCGGAGGCACUGGCGCAAGACCCGCAUCGGCAUCUAG